AUGGAGGAUAUGAUCGUGAGAGCUGUUUUGGGAGUUGGCUUGCCAGGGUAUUAUAAAGCAGGCGUAUAUCUAUAUGAUGUUUUCAGCGGGUCUGAGCGUAACAAAUUCGAAGAAACUGUGGCAAGAUUGUUGCCGAUCAUGAAAGAGCUAUCCAAGUCGACUUCGCGAGCGGCCCAGAAUUUUUCGCUGGAACGAUUCCAACAAUUCCACAACAAUAUUGUCGAGGGCAACUGGCUGGUAGAGGAAUGCCCGAGAAUUUGCAUUUGUCUCCGGCAAUUCUGGGUCGCAUAUCGCGUUGAGAAGUUGCAGGAGUAUACCAACAAAUUCAUUCAGACUGACCUUCCGAUCAUCAUGGCAUUCAAACAAGAUCAAGAGCAGAUUUCUCAAUCCGCCCAACUGGAAAAAUUGAGUCGAGAUAUGCAAACUUUGAUUCAAUUGUAUGAUCGAAACUUGGGGACUCUCUUUGAAUUCGCUACUCAUUUACAGGGAAAUUCUCAAUCCACCCAACAAGAAACUGUAACUCAUGGGCAGAAUUCUCAAUCCACACAACUGGAGAGCGUGUGUGGAGAAAAAGAAACUUUGGGUCGAAGUGGGGAACAAGCACAACAUACUCCGAUUUCAGAGGAGGAUGAGAGCCAACCCCCAGAUCUGUCGCCCUACUUGCUAGGUUUUGAUGAUCACAUAAUGCAAUUGAAGAAGUUUGUGUUGGAGGAGCGAGUGGAUGUGGUUAGAAUUACAGCCAUGGGUGGAGCAGGAAAAUCCACACUUGCAGCGGCUAUUUGUGAUGAGAAUGAAAUCAGAGAUAGGUACUUGCAUAGAGUCAUAUACAUUGUGGUUUCACAAAAUCCACAUCUUCUAACUAUACUGAAGAGCAUGUGGAGAGACAUUGUUGGGGGACGAGCACCUAAUUUUAGAAAUGUAGAAGACGCACAUAACAAAUUGCAAUUCCAAAUAAAGUCAACAAAAAAUGAACCGAUUCUGGUAGUAGUGGAUGAUGUUUGGUCCAGGUUAGACUUGGAAAAACUGUUAUUUGAAGCGGAGCAAUACACGACUAUAGUAACAACGAGAGAUAAAAACGUCAUUCCAGAAGGGCCCAAGACACGCGUUUAUGAGCUACCGUUGUUACAAGAGGGGCAUGCUCUGUCACUUUUCUGCUACCAUGCUUUUAAAGAACCCACCAUUCCAAUUGGUCGUGAUAAAGAUCUAGUUAUAAAGGUGCAACAACAGUGUAAUGGUCUGCCACUAGCUCUUAAAGUAAUCGGUCGAUCUCUGUAUGGUAAAUCCGACUCUGAUUGGAAAGCUACAAGCGAUGCGCUUCCAAGAGGAGAAUCUGUGGAUGAUAAUCAGAUAAAUGUUCUUCUUAACAGUUUGGAAACAAGCAUAAAUGCGCUGAAUCCUGGUGAAAAGCAGUGUUUCCUAGACCUGACUGUAUUCCCAAAAGGACGAACCAUUCCUGCAAAUAUAUUGUUAGAUAUUUGGGUGUAUGUCCGUCGAAUGAGACGGAACGAUGCUGUUCUUCUCUUACGGAAAUUUGCAGCUACUCAUCUGUUGGAUUUGAAGAAGGAUCCCUGGACCCCGGGAAUCGCAGAUGACUGCAUGGAUGGAUAUUCCUUUUCCCAACAUGAUGUAAUGAGAGAAUUGGCCCUGUUUUUGGCUGAGCGGGAAAAUGAGAUUCAUUCUAAUAGGUUUUAUAUGUCGAAAAGGCAAUCUGAGCUCCUCCACGAAUGGCAAACAGACGGAGAUCGUUUAUGUAGAGCUCAGAUUGUUUCCAGUCACACAGGGGCAAUAAAAGAAACACAAUGGUCCGAAAUGGAUUUCCCAGUGGCGGAAGCUUUGAUUUUAUAUUUUACUGAAAGUGAAUAUUGCAUUCCAACAUUUUUGAAGACAAUGAAAAGACUCAAGGUUCUGAUAAUACAUAAUGACAAUUCAAAACGAGCCAAGCUCAGUGGACUGGCUGGUUUCCAAGCACUUUCUCAGCUUAAAACUCUGUAUCUUGAAAGGCUGAUAGUUCCUCCUCUAAAUGAGGACUGCAAAGGUUUAAAGAGUUUACAGAAAAUAUCUCUGACUCUAUGUGAAUUGCUCGGUAAGGAUACAAUUUUCAACUUUCCUGGGGUUUUGGAAUUUAAUGUGAGCUACUGCAUUGAUCUUGAAGAGUUGCCAGCAGGACUCUAUUCUUCAAGUUCCCUGGAAAUUUUGUCAAUUACUAAUUGCCAUCGCCUUGCAAAGUUACCUGAUGAGAUGGGUAGGUUUGAAUCACUUAAGCAAAUAAGAUUGUUUGAAUCACCAGGCUUGAAAGCCCUGCCAUCCUCCAUUUGCAAUCUUAGAAGACUAAAAUUCCUUGACAUCUCGUCGUGCAUAGGUUUGAAGGUGAACAGGUGGGAACGCUGUGAAUUGAAGGAAACUCUUCAAACAGUAGCCAAACUGCGAUCCCUUAAAAACGUGAUUUGUGAUGAGAAGAAUGAGUGGCUGUUCAAAAGGACCUCCAGGACUGACCUUAAAGUUGAAGUUUUUGCGGAGCAAGAACCUAAUUUGGAUUGGCUGGAUUUGGGGAUUUGA